AUGGAUUUAGACGCAAAAGCCUUAACGGGUGUCCCGGAAUUAAUGAACCUCUCGGUAUGUCGCCAAUAUCUCUGUCAACUUAUACUACCAAGACUCGAAAACUUUUAGUAAAAUUCAUCAUUCAGUUCUCUACAGAAAAUAUAUUGAACAUGUUUUUAUACAUCGUAUAAAUAAAGGAAUCUAAGUGAAACACUGCAAAGCUUCAGUUUCCAUUAAUGUCUAACUGAAAACGCAACGUAAAAACAUUUAUGCUCAGCGCGGUUGUAUGUAUCAAAGUGGAAUCAAAAUGGCGCUUAAAAUUAUCGUCUUUCUUUUCCUCUAUCACAGAUUUGCUUUACAUCUGAUUCUGCAACACAAAACGCGAUUUUACUAAGAUUUACCAAAAAAACAUUUUUUCUUUAGAGAGGCUUCACUAGUCAGUCGAGCAUUGCUUCCAAAGCCAGUGGAAUGGUCGAAAUUAACGUAUAUAUUCUUUAAUGUUUUUGGAUUCUAGGAUCAAAAGUGGAGUUAUGAAAAAGUUUUUGGUCUCGUUGGACUUAAUUUGAUCGAGUUAUAACAUUUACAGCUUUUCAAGGGCUACAAAAUGGUCAUUUUCUCUUAUCUUAUAUCGCAAGUCACGAAGACUUAAAGUUCAAAAACUAUUUUGGAGCUUAAAAAGUAAUGAAGUCUGAAGUUUCACAGUGUUUCAUCCAUAGUCUUUAAUGUAUACGAUGUAUAAAAAAUGUGCGAAUUGGUUUUUGUAGGCAACUGAACGGGAUGUUUGUUAGUUUGUAGCUUUAUUACAAUAACUUUUCGAGCAAAAAAUAAAAGCCGUUAGCUGGACAAGUCGCCAAGUUUUGAUUUAUCAUCAACAUCAUUCAAUAGUGUACCAGAUGACAAGCCGUUGGCUUUGGCAUCGUUCUGAUUCUCGACCUGCACGCUGAAAUGCAUAUAAAGUGUCAAGGGUUUUCUACGUUAAUAAAAAGGCUCAUUGCACUAACAUUUUUGAGAUGAACUACAGCGAUGUCAGAGGAAAGAGAUGGCUAAUGAUAAAACACAAUCCAUGUUAACACAAUCCAUGUAGAAGUUGAGAAGACGCCUGGAAUGCACAUUUUUUUGUCUUGUGUUGAUGUAAUUUUAUGGAGGAAAAAUGAUUUACAAAAAAGGUCUACUUUUCAGAAAAAACCACCUUUUUACACAUUUUCCUG